CCAGCUCUAGACAGUCAGAGACACACCAGAAUGGAGGUCCUGAAGGAAAAAGUGGAGGAGGAGGAGGCAGCCGAGCGGGAGGAUGCGGCUGAGCGGGCCGAGAGGGGCGAGAAAAUGAUGAGGCUGAUGGAGGUGCGGAAGGAGGAAACCACCAUGACGCAGGAGAUGCUCAGAGACCUGGAGAGGAAGCUGUCGGAGAUUGAGGUCUCCAUCCCUGAGAAGCCCUCGACCUUUACCAAGGACACCAUUGACAUCUCCAAACUGCCCCUUUCCUACAAAAGCAACACGCCUAAGGAGGAACACCUGCUGCGGGUGGCAGACAACUUCUCCCGCCAGUACAGCCUCCUGUGCCCGGACCGCGUGCCCCUCUUCCUGCACCCGCUGAACGAGUGCGAAGUGCCCAAGUUCGUCAGCACAACCAUCCGGCCCACACUGAUGCCCUACCCUGAGCUCUACAACUGGGACACCUGCGCCCAGUUUGUCUCAGACUUCCUGGCCAUGCUGCCCCUGCCUGACCCACUCAAGCCGCCCUCGUACCUGUACUCCUCGACCACGGUGCUCAAGCACCAGAAGGGGAACUGCUUUGACUUCAGCACGCUGCUCUGUUCCAUGCUCAUUGGCGCUGGCUAUGAUGCCUACUGUGUCAACGGCUAUGGCUCGCAGGACCUGUGCCACAUGGACCUGACUCGGGAGGUGUGCCCACUCACUGUGAAGCCCAAGGAGACAGUCCAGGAGGAGGAAAAGGCACCACCUAAGAAGUACGCCAUCAAGCCGCCCAGGGACCUGAGCAGCAGGUUUGAGCAGGAACAGGAGAUGAAGAGGCAGGAGGAGAUCAAGGCUGCGGAGGAGAAGCGGCGGAGGCAGGAGGAGGAGCGCCUCAUGGAGGUGGACAGUGCGAAGACCGACCCCCUGCAUGGCCUGCGGGUGCACUCCUGGGUCCUGGUGUUGUCGGGGAAACGCGAGGUGCCCGAGAGCUUUUUCAUCGACCCGUUCACUGCUCGCAGCUACAGCACCCAGGACGACAACUUCCUGGGAAUCGAGAGCCUCUGGAACCACAAGAACUACUGGAUCAACAUGCAGGACUGUUGGAACUGCUGCAAGGACUUGAUCUUUGACCUGGGAGAUCCUGUGAUGUGGGAGUACCUGCUCUUGGGGACUGACAAGCCUCUCCUGUCCCCAGCUGAGGAGGAGGACAACGGGGCGAACGACGACGAUGACGUGGAAAAUCUGGGCAAGGAGGACGAGGAUAAGAGCUUCGACAUGCCGAACUCGUGGGUGGAGCAGAUUGAGAUUUCCCCAGAAGUGUUCGAGACCCGCUGUCCGAAUGGGAAGAAGGUGAUACAGUAUAAGAAGGCGAAGCUGGAGAAGUGGGCCCCAUACCUCAACAACAAUGGCCUUGUGUGCCGCCUCACCACCUAUGAGGACUUGGAGUGUACCAAGACUUUGGAGAUAAAGGAGUGGUACCAGAACCGGGAAGACAUGCUGGAGCUGAAGCACAUAAAUAAGACCACGGGCCUGAAUAUUGACUACUUCAAGCCGGGCCACCCCCAGGCUCUGCGUGUGCACUCAUACACGUCCAUGCAACCCGAGAUGGACCGCGUCAUGGAGUUUUACGAAAAGGCCCGCGUGGACGGCCUGAUCAAACGGGAGGAGACGCCCAAGACGAUGACGGAGUACUAUCAAGGACGGCCCGACUUCCUCUCCUACCGCCACAUCAAUUUUGGGCCCCGGGUCAAGAAGUUGGUUCUGAACAGCGCAGAGUCCAAUCCCCGGCCCGUGGUGAAAAUCAUAGAGCGGUUCUUCCGCAACCCCGCGAAGCCUGCGGAUGAGGACGUGGCGGAGCGCGUGUUUCUGAUCUUGGAUGAGCGCAUCCAGCUGCGCUAUCACUGCCGCGAGGACCACAUUACAGCCUCCAAGCGUGAGUUCCUGCGGCGCACAGAGGUGGACAGCAAGGGCAACAAGAUCAUCAUGACACCUGACAUGUGCAUCAGCUUCGAGGUGGAGCCCAUGGAGCACACCAAGAAGCUUCUCUACCAGUACGAGGCCAUGAUGAAGCUGAAGAAUGAAGAAAAGUUGUCCAGACAUCAGGCCUGGGAGUCAGAGCUGGAGGUGCUGGAGAUCCUGAAGCUUCGGGAGGAAGAGGAGGAGGCGCAUGUGCUGACCACCUCCAUCUAUGACACCAAGCGCAACGAGAAGAGCAAGGAGUAUCGGGAGGCCAUGGAGCGUGUGAUGCACGAGGAGCACCUGCGGCAGGUGGAGGCCCAGCUGGACUACCUGGCCCCGUUCCUGGCACAGCUCCCGCCAGGAGAGAAGCUGACGCGCUGGCAGGCUGUGCGCCUCAAGGACGAGUGCCUCAGCGAUUUCAAGCAGCGGCUUAUCAACAAGGCCAACCUCAUCCAGGCCCGGUUUGAGAAGGAGACCCAGGAGCUGCAGAAGCAGCAGCAGUGGUAUCAGGAGAACCAGGUGACCCUGACACCCGAGGAUGAAGACCUGUACCUGAGUUACUGCUCUCAGGCCAUGUUCCGCAUCCGCAUCCUGGAGCAGCGGCUCAAUCGACACAAGGAGCUGGCCCCACUGAAGUACUUGGCUCUGGAGGAAAAGCUCUACAAGGACCCACGCCUGGUGGAGUUACUGAAGGUCUUUGUUUGAUGCUCCUCACCCCCCAGUCUUUGGUCCUCUGAUGCUCCUCCUGAGGCCUUGGUGAAGCUGCCAGAAACAGAAACCUCCCCCAGUGCCUGGCCCCUGUGCUCCCAACACUCAGGUAAUGGCCAUCUACUCAGGCACCUGGCCUCACUGCCACACCACCUCCCUGAAGCUCUGUCUGUUCCUGCUUCUUAUGAUUUUCCUGUUAAUAAACAUACCUGUAACUUGC